AUACUGGAUUAAACGAAAAUAAACACAGCACGAUGAACAGACUGGCGGCGAUCUGCCUGCUGGUAGCAUGUGUCGCUUCUUAUUACGUGACUACCGCACGCGAGAUCAGCAGGGCGCAUUACGACGAUCUGCAGGUAGCUGCUACUCACCAUGGUCAUCAUGAGAGCGGUCAUGGAGAAGAACAUCAUUCCGAUCACCAUCACGAGCAUGGCGGGAAAGGUGACAAAGGCUACAAAUCGGACCAUCAUCAUGAAAAAGGAGAAAAGGGACAUCACGAUAAAGAAGGCCACUCUGGACAUUAUCACGAGGACGAAGGCCAUAAGAAACAUCAUCAUCACGACGAUGGCUACUAUGGCGAACAUCACAAGGGCGAAAAGGGAGAAAAGGGACACAAAUUCCAUGAGAAAGGACAUUAUGGCAAAGGCCACAGCACGAAAGGCCAUCAUGACGUUCACAAACUCGACGAGUUUAAAAAAGAUAAAGAAUUCUACGACGAACAUCACGAUCAUGGUCACCAUGAAGAACACGGUGGUCAUCAUCAUGAACACGGUCAUAAGAAAGGUGGUCAUUUUAAGAAGGGGCAUCAUGACCACCAUCAUCACGAGGAUCAUUAUGGCAAGAAGGGUCAUCAUGAGAAAGGACAUCAUCAUCAUGAUCAUAAGGGUCACAAAAGCCACGGUGGACACGACGAGCAUCAUCAUCAUCAUCAUCACCACGGCAAAAAAGACGGCCACGAAGACCAUAAGCACUGGGGAUUCAAAAAGGGACACUAAUAUCAAUAUACAGAAAAUAAUAAUUUCGCUACUAUUACUCAAUGAAUACCGUUAAUUAACUAUCAAGCUUAGUUGUUGUACGUGUCGACAAACAAAAUAAAUCUUUUUCAAUAGAUAAAUUACAUGUCGUUUAUAUAUCUUAUAUUAUGUCAAUUUACUGUAUAAUAUUGCAUUUAUAAAAAAGUCAUCAUUUUUCUUGCGUUAGCAUAUAUUUUUUUGUAAAUGUGCAAUAGUUUGCAUUAAUCAAACUCUUAUGAUACUAUAGACGUAUACCGACGUAAAAUGAAAUUUGAAUUAUUUCUGUGACCGUAACGUAUGUCGCGAAAUCGGUAACUGUCGUAAUAAUUCAGUGGAGUUUAAUGUUUUGUGCUACAUCAGUCACGCUUUUGCGGUGUAGCAGCUGUCACAAGAAAAUAUGGCUGCUCGUUACAUGCUAUUUUCAUAAAACAAUAGUAUCGGGCAGUUACCACAUUCAGUGGUGCAAUUGACACGGUUUUAUAUUUGUUUCCGCAAGCGUUACUUGGGAAUUACUCCUUUUUAAUAUCGAUGAUCUAAGUUAAACUGAAUCAUCCCUGAUAUUCUUCUAUUAUAACUCGAUUAUGAAAAGAGAAUAUAUAAAAAUUAGUAUUAUAAUAGUAAUCACAUUACAUAUCAUUAAGUAAUUACAAUUUCUCAAUAUUAUAGUAUCCAAAUUAUUUAUAAUUAUUUUUAUAAUAUAAUAAUUUAUAAUUCACCGAGGAGUCAACCACUGUGGCAAUCAUUGUACAUUUCUUUAGAAAUAUAUUGCGACAGUAUAAUAAUAAUUGCAAUAAAACAGACAAUGCUAGCAAUAUUCAAAAUACAUUAGCAAUACAUAGCAAUACAUGGCAUUAUAUGGUAAUAUUUGGCAAUAGACGAGGCAAUACACAAGGUAAUAGACGGCAGUACGUAAGGCAAUGUAGCAUUGGUAGAGCGGUAUGGCAAUCUCAUGACAAUUUACUUCCGAGUUCGAUUCAAAGAGAGAAAUUCAAGAUAAUUUUAAAAAUUUUCAUCCGAGAUUUCACCUGAAGUUAUAUGUGAUGUUAAUAAUUUGGCCAAUACUAUUCAAAAUGCGGAAAUUUAUAUUUCACCAAAUGUAGAUCCUGCAGAACUACAGGAGUGUCUCACAAACAGUUCGACAAAUUCACUGUGUCAAAUACAAAAUAAGAUCAACAACGAUGAAACCUUAAGUUUAUUAGUGGAAAAUAGAAAUAAAUUCUUAAGUAUAAAUUCAUUUUAGAUUGUUUAAAAAAUACGGCAGUAAAGAAUAUCAAAUGCAAGAAACAUGGAAACAAAUUUACUAAACCUUUAAAACUUUUCCAUUUAUAUAUUUUCAUGAUUGCUGGUCGUAUACUUUAUGAAUUUUUAAAGGCUAAUCUACAGAAUAUAUUCCAUCAAUUACAAUUAAUAGAUGCUUAGAUAAAGAAAGUAAUAUUCAACGAAAUUGUUCCAUUAAAAGAAUUAAAGUUAUUCUUAAUAAAACAAAAUUAUUCUUUGAAUGUAUUUAUUUCAGAAGAUCAAACUGCAAUAAUUAAGAAUGUAGCAUAUGAUUCUAAAAAUAAUAAAAUGAUUGGCUUUGUAUCUUCAUGUAGAGAAAGUGGAUUUCCUAAAAAUAAUUUUUAUGUAAAUUCUGUAAAAGAUAUUAAAAAUGCUUGUUCAAACUAUGUCGUUGGCUGCAAUGCGUAUGUGUACAUGACUCAACCGCGUAUUGAAAAUGCAGCAGCAUUUUAUUUAAUAAUCUUUGCAAGUGACAAUAAAUUUAAUCAUAAUGACGUCUUAGCUAAAUGGACGUUCUUAAAAAAUUAACUUGAAAAACUCAAUAUACAAAUAAUUAAAUUUUCAAGUGACGGUGCUUGAGCAUACAAGAUGCUUAAAAGCUAUAAAAAUAUGGUCUAAAAUUCCUUUGUCGUUUAAAAAUCUAUAUUAUCCAUACUUUCAGGUAAAUAAUUCUUUUCUGUUUAUUUCUAUUCUAAAUAAAGUUGCUAAUUUAAUGUCAACCAAAUCAGAAUAAAUCAAUAAUUUUUUAUCAGUCGCAGAGAUCAACAGUAUAUUUUUUCAUUAUUCUUUAAAAAUAUUAUACUAAACUAACAACUUUUAUUUUAAAAAUGCUGUAAAACUAUGUAAAUCUUUAAAUAUUUUAGAUAGAAUUUGACAUAAAAAACCAGUGUGUAUUCAAGAUACAGUUCAUAUUAAAACGGAAAUGAAAACAAGAUUUUUAAAGCCAAACAUAUUUUGAACAAUGGGCUCAAAAAUUGUCUCUCCAAAA